GUCUGAAAUUCAAAAUGGGAAACUACAGGCAUAAAUUAAGCUCAGCAGGAUGCCCUGAGGUGGUCAUAAACAAACGAAAAUCUGGAAGUUCAAAAGGGGAAACUGUCAAAAAGUCAAAGAAGGGGGAGGUGAACUACUGUCCUGAUCCACCUGAAGGACAGAGUCCUGAAAACAUGGAGGUGAAGCGCAAGAUAAUGGAGGCUGAAAUGCAGAAGAAAGACCCAAAUCAUCAGCUGAUUGAGGAUUUGAUGGUUUCUACAUUUUCUCAGCGUAGGAAAGACAUUGUAGGAGAUCAACCACACAUCACAGAGCUCAUGUCCCGAUGGCCUGCUCUGUUCCAUGAGAGACAGAUUAGGGCAGAAUUUACAAGAAUCGUCACCACAGACCUUCUGAAAUCUUUUGUUGACGGACUUGAUGGCCUGGUUCUGAGACUGCUGGAGGUCUACAAGGCAGCAACCAAAUCUGGGAAGAAGCAGCCACUCAAAGACAUUUUGGACUGCCUUGCAAAAGAUGACACAAAUGAAAGGAGAAGGGCUGCUGCUCUGCUUGGUUUGCCACGCUACAUAUCUGGGGAAGAUCCAUCAACUGUCAUCAGGAUGUGUGAUGCUCAUGCUGAUAUUCUGGAUGAUGCCAUGAAGGGGAUGCAGGUCGGUCUUCUGAUUGCCUGUGAAGGUAGUGAACAGGGGGCCAUCCCACACGAGGUCUUCGACGUGGCAGUUGUGGUGGAGGAGACCAUUGUGCUUCACAAUAUUAAAGAUGUGACAGUUGGCUUUGCUAUGCUUAUGGGUGUCAUCUACUGUAUCAAUCUCAAGUAUCCAAAUGACAUGAAGUAUUCGUUCGAGUUUCUUCAGAGAGUGGUGAUGAAGAUCAGUCCAGACCAGGCCUCAGCUCGAGUACAUGGUUUGAGAAACAAACUCCUGAGGUACAAACUGUAACAUCUGGUAUGUUUACAGUUUUGUUUUCUUAAAUAAGAGUUCCUGUAAGAAUUUGUUCAGUUUGUUCUAUGCACUAAAUGUUAAUACUAAUGGUUAUGCACUAAAAC